AUGGGCCUCAGUGUGGCCGCGACUGUGGCAACCGCUGUCGUCGCUCUGCUAUCGCUUUACUUGUACAGAUUAAACCGGGCCAUGGAGAAUAUCCCAGAGGAGGCAUGGGCAUGGAGGGGCCGCCCGUGGACAGAGAGCGAGAUUCGAGAGACGUAUGAGAGAAUGAGCAGCCAGCCUAUCGAUUUCGCAAAAGUCCUGCCGCCGAAGCUGGAAAGGAGGUACGUCGUGUGCGGCGGAUCAGGUCUAGUUGGCGGUGACAUUGUCCUCAACCUCCUCUCUCGGGGCCAGUCACCCUCAUCCAUACGCAUCCUCGACUCCAGUAAGCCCUCCAGGUCCGACAUGAUCAGCGGCUCGGUCACCGCCGUCGACUAUGUGAAGACAGACAUCACGGAUCCAGCCUCGGUCGAGGCAGCCUUCGCCAAGCCCUGGCCCGGCGACGUUGCGCGCCUCCCCAUGACCGUGUUUCACACCGUGGCGACGAUCCGCCCGGGCGAGCGCUCGCUGCUCCUCUGGGAGCGCACAAGCCGCGUCAACAUCGACGGCACGCGGAACGUCCUCGCGGCCGCCAGGCAAGCCGGCGCGGACGUCUUCGUCGCGACCUCUUCCGCGUCGGUAUCCCUGCGGCCCGCGCGAUUCCUCAUCCCGCCGUGGCAAUCCCAACCGCACGGGUACUUCCAGAUCUGCGACGAGCGCGACUUCGACAAGCCGCUCAAGCCGCACAAGGAGUUCUUCUCCAACUACGCCUACUCCAAGGCCAUCGCGGAGCGCGAGGUAUGCUCCGCGAACGGGCCCGGGUUCCGUACGGGCUGCAUCCGUCCGGGCAACGGCAUCUACGGGCAGCCGACGGACGUGAUUUGUGGGAGCAUGCUGAAGCAGCAGAAGGUGGCCAGCUUCACGCCUCAGAUCAUCCAGAACCAGGUCAGCGGGUGGAACGUGUCGCUUGCUCACCUGGCUUUUGAGGCGGCCCUGGUGCCGAAGCUGGGCCGCAAAGGGGCGGAAGACUCUGCGCCCAUACCUCAGUGUGCGGGACGGCCGUACGUCGUCACGGACACCGGGCCAGCAAUACAGUGGUACGACUUCUUCCGCGCGGCGAAGCAGCUGGCCGUCACUCCAAUGGAGGUCACGAAGCUUGCACCCCUGCCGCUGUACUUGGUUGCGCACCUGGUCGAGGGCUGGUCCCUGCUGCUGGCGAGGGCGCCGUUCCUGACGAGGUUGGGUCUGCGCGAGCCCAGGGGCCCUGUAAGGGAUCUGCAGCCGUCGAUAUUCACGCCUGCCGCGUUUAUCAUGGUGGUAGACGAAGAGGCGAGAAAGACGGUCGAGGACGGGGGCAUUGGGUACAAGGGGCUCUGUACCACUCUAGAGGGCGUUUGUGACCAGAUCUGGCGGUGGAAUCAGGAGCAAGAGAGCGUGGCAAGUAGUGUUACAAGAAAGAGCAUCUUAGAGGCUGACAUUGUGGAGACACACGUCGCUGCUUAA